GAACGUGGUUUUGAAAGAUUGUUUCAAUCAAGAAUGGAGGCCAGAGUGGUGCUUGCAGUGCAGAAAAGGCAAGUGUUUUUUCUUUUUGUAUUUCUGGGAGUGUCUUGGGCUGGCACAGAACCGCUUCGGUAUUUUGUGGCGGAGGAAACGGAGAGAGGGACCUUUCUGGCCAACCUAGCAAAUGAUCUGGGGUUGGGGGUGGGGGAACUGUCAGCUCGAAGAUCUAGAAUCAUUUCAGAUGAGAACAUACGAUUUUUACUAUUCAAUCCGCUUACUGGUGAUUUACUUAUAUAUGAGAAAUUGGACCGAGAGGAACUGUGUGGGCCCAGAGAGCCAUGUGUGCUACCUUUCCAGUUGUUACUUGAAAAGCCUUUUCAGAUUUUCCGUGCUGAACUGUGGGUCAGAGACAUCAACGAUCAUUCUCCAGUAUUUCUAGAUAGAGAGAUUACCUUGAAAAUACUAGAAAGUGCCACUCCAGGGGCAACAUUUCUCCUAGAAAGUGCACAGGAUUCAGAUGUUGGAAUCAACAACUUGAGAAACUACACCAUCAGCUCCAAUGCCUAUUUCCAUAUUAAUGUCCGUGAUGGUGGGGAGGGAAAUGUUUAUCCUGAAUUGGUCCUGGAUGGUGUGCUGGAUCGUGAAGAGAUUCCUGAGCUGAAUUUAACCCUCACAGCCUUGGAUGGCGGGUCUCCGCCUAGAUUCGGGACUGCCCUCAUACGCAUCCAGGUUUUGGACAUAAAUGAUAACAUCCCUGAAUUUGUACAGUCGAUCUACAAGGUGCAGGUGCCUGAAAACAGCCCUGUUGGCUCCCUGGUUGUCGCUGUGUCAGCUAGAGAUUUAGAUACCGGAACUAAUGGAGAAAUAGUCUAUGCAUUUUUUUAUGCCACUGAAGAAAUUCUCAAAACAUUUCGAAUCAAUUCAACAUCCGGCAAGCUUCAUCUUAAAGCCGAAUUGAACUAUGAGGCAGUGCAAACUUAUACCUUAACUAUUCAAGCCAAAGAUGGCGGAGGGCUUUCUGGAAAAUGUACUGUGGUGGUGCGAGUAACAGAUAUAAAUGAUAACCCACCAGAACUGCUCAUGUCAUCACUUACUAGCCCAAUUCCAGAAAACUCACCCGAGACAGUAGUAGCUGUUUUUAGGAUUAGAGACAGAGAUUCAGGGAACAAUGCAAAGAUGGUGUGCUCCAUCCAAGACCAUCUCCCCUUCGUCCUGAAGCCAUCAGUAGAGAAUUUCUACACCAUGGUAACGGAGAGCCCCCUCAACAGAGAGAGCCAGGCCGAAUACAACAUCACCAUCACCGUCACUGACUUGGGGACCCCCAGACUGAAAACGCAGCACAACAUAACCGUGACGGUCUCCGACGUCAACGACAACGCCCCCGCCUUCAGCCAAACCACCUACACCCUGCGGGUCCGCGAGAACAACAGCCCCGCGCUGCACAUCGGCAGCGUCAGCGCCACUGACAGCGACGCGGGCGCCAACGCCCAGGUCACCUACUCGCUGCUGCCGCCCCAGGACCCGCAGCUGCCCCUGGCCUCCCUGGUGUCCAUCAACGCGGACAACGGGCAGCUGUUCGCGCUCAGGUCCCUGGAUUACGAGGCGCUGCAGGCGGUCAUCGCCUUGGCGUCCGUGUCGUCGCUCUUCCUGUUCUCGGUGCUGGUGUUCGUGGCGGUGCGGCUGUGCAGGCGGAGCCGGGCGGCGUCGGCGGGCCGCUGCCCGGUGCCCGAGGGCCACUUUCCGGGCCACCUGGUGGACGUCAGCGGCACGGGGACGCUGUCCCAGAGCUACCAGUACGAGGUGUGUCUGCAGGGAGGCUCUGGGACCAAUGAGUUCAAGUUCCUCAAGCCAAUUCUCCCUAAUCUGCAGUUUCCAAGCACAAGAAGGGAAGUGGAAGAAUAUCCCUCGUUUCAGAAUGACUUGGGUUUUUGAUAAGGGAUGGAAAAUAAAUGUCCAUACUGUGCCUGUAAAUAUAGUUCUAUUACGAAAUUCUUCCUGAAUUCGUAGAGGAGUUCUUUAAUAUUAUUUCAAAUAUUUUUCAAGUCCUAGGGUAAAUUUCUUUACAGAGAAACGGAUCCAGCUUUAGCUCUAGGAAACUUCCACAAAGCAUGUGAUGUAUAUGUGUUCUAUUUUAUCUCAAACAAUUUGUGCAUUGUUUGCAGUCUAUUACAUGAUUAAUCUUGUUUAGGAUGUUUUAAGUAGGUUUUGUCUUUAAAGUUUUGCUACUCUUAUUUUUUGAGUUGGAGUGUUGUACUAUACCUACUCUUAGAAGUAUAGAUUGUAUGUUUUAAAGCUUUAAAAAAAAUUGCCUACUAUGCAUCAUACACUAUUUUAACACUUAUAAUAUUAGAAGUAAACCUAUGAGGUGUUUUAGAAAUGAGCAAAUAGAUAUUUAUAGAAGUCCAGCGAGGUCACUCAGGUGAGCAACUAAUAAAUGGUAGAGCUGAGCAUCUCUCCUAGAUCUGACUCUGGGACCUUGCUAUGAUGCUAUCCUGCUUUCUGUCAUUAGAUAUCACCUGGCAAGUUUCUUCCUAAUUAAGGAGAAGAAAUCUUCUCUCUGGUUACUAUUCCUGUUGAGUAUUUUCUACGUUGGGAAAUAAUAACGUGUGUAGUGGUCUGUGGUUAUAUGUUCUUACAUACCAACAAUCCAGCUUUUCUGGAUCAGUUAUUCAACUAUUAUUAUUAGAGCUGUGAUCUGACCAAGGCUUAAGGAGAAGAAUACUGAAAGAUCCAUCUGUGCUUUCUCCUUGUUAUCUGAACAUAUGACCUUCAUUUCACAGAAAUGUUAAUAGCCCUGAAUAGAAAUAAUACAUCAUUUUGAUUGCUUCAUUAGUUUAGUUUUCCUCACAUUUCACUUUACCCCAGUGGUGCCUACCUAUUUUUAAAACACAUUUUUCUUCCUUAAUUUUAAAUUUUUAAAACUUUCC